GCGGGACAGCAAGACCGGAAGUGCCGCGUACUCCCCUCACCCUCUCCUUCCGUCUAACUUCCGCCUACCCCGCCCGGGCCGCCAGACCGGAAGCGUCGCGCUCGAGCCCCAACCUCCUCGACUAGCUUGAAACCCGGGGGCCGCCAGGAUGCCGGCUUACCACUCUUCUCUCAUGGACCCUGACACCAAACUCAUUGGAAACAUGGCACUGUUGCCCAUCAGAAGUCAGUUCAAAGGACCUGCCCCUAGAGAGACAAAAGAUACAGAUAUUGUGGAUGAAGCCAUCUAUUACUUCAAGGCCAAUGUCUUCUUCAAAAACUAUGAAAUUAAGAAUGAAGCUGAUAGAACCUUGAUAUAUAUAACUCUCUACAUUUCUGAGUGUCUAAAGAAACUCCAGAAGUGCAAUUCCAAAAGCCAAGGUGAAAAAGAAAUGUACACGCUGGGAAUCACUAAUUUUCCCAUUCCUGGAGAGCCUGGUUUUCCACUUAAUGCAAUUUAUGCCAAACCUGCAAACAAACAGGAAGAUGAGGUGAUGAGGGCCUACUUACAGCAGCUGAGACAAGAGACUGGACUGAGACUUUGUGAGAAAGUUUUUGACCCUCAGAAUGAUAAACCUAGCAAGUGGUGGACUUGCUUUGUGAAGAGACAGUUCAUGAACAAGAGUCUUUCAGGACCUGGACAGUGAAAGGAGCCUGGGCAGACACUUUCUACAGCCGUGGGCAGCAUUUUACAGCAAGAUGUAUACAGUUCUUAGCCUUUAUUUGAUAAAGUUUUAUUCAGAAGAGAGAAGAGAUCAUGUCUUCACUUGAAGAGCUCUUUAUCAAGAAUUUGAAGGGGGGGGAAGAACGGGUUGUCAGAGGGUGAUUUGAAAUUUUCUGCAGUAUUAAGCUGGUGCUUAAUAAGAAUAAGUAAGAAUAAAGAAAUUUCUAACAUUCCAUGUCAAAAAA